AUGAUUCUGAAUAGACUGCUGAAGCACUCUGGAGAGAUCAAAAGGUAUCUGAAGCUGAUAAAGGCUGUCCUUGUUACAAUUCCUUUACUGACAUUGAGAAUAAAGGAGCAGAGUGAAAUCUCUACUGCCGAGCCUGUACAGCACUACUUGGAUGGAGGUAUAAAGAUCAUCAAUGAUGGAGAGGCCCUUUUCACUGGCAACAAGUUUGUUCUCAACAGUCUACCGCCAAGGCUGACACUGAGAAUUCAAGGAUAUCCAGAGCAGAAGGAGUACUAUCAUCCUGUGAUCUCAACCCUAAGAUCUAUGGACAUCAGAAACAUUAAUGUGAUUAUUGAUCUAAACCCACCGGACGAGAAAUGUGUUUAUUUGUUUGAAAUAGAUCUGAAGUUUGGAAGCAAAGCAUGUGUACUCGUACAUCCGCUAAAAAACCAUCAGCCGAAUUCAGACCUCCUUCUUGUUGCUCGCGAGUUCUUCCCCUUCAAGCUGUCGUUUGACCCCAUAGACAUCAUUCUUACAAAUACUCCAUCAAACCGCCUGCACAUAGUACUGAAGAACACCUCGAGAAACCUAAAGGCAUUCAUGAACUUCAUCAAAUCCAUCUCUUUUGUAAGAACCCAUCCAUACGGAAGCUACUUCUACAUUCCCACCAAUGAUGGGUACAUAGACAUUACUGCAUUCAUCCCACUAGUGCUUUCUGUAUUUGCAAGCUAUACACUUGAUUGGGCCUAUGCAUCCUACCACAUUUCUGUCUCGAGGGUGUUCCUGGGAACCCUCCUCUACUCAUUCUUUCCUGUCUCGUUCCUAUUUUUCACAAGGAAGAACGAAUAUUCAUGCUUUGCAGUAAUAUUUAUGGUUCUGAAUCCAAAGAUAGGCCUGAUAUACAUAGGAAUGUGCUAUCUGAGAAUGGUGUGCGAUGCAAUCGCCACCAUCAGAUGCACCUUUAAAUCACCAGACAUAAGGUUGGUAAACACAAAGAUUGCUCUGGAUCACAAAUCUAAAAGCAAAAUGGAAUAA